UUGGCUCUCCAGGACUGGGGGGGCCACAGAUGGAGGUUGGCGCUCCACGGCUGGGGGGGCCACAGAUGGAGGUUGGCUCUCCAGGACUAGGGGGGCCACAGAUGGAGGUUGGCGCUCCACAGCUGGGGGGGCCACAGGUGGAGGUAGGCUCUCCAGGACUGGGGGGGCCACAGAUGGAGGUGGGCUCUCCAGAGGAGUGUUCUGGGAGGAGCGUUGCCAGCCAUAGCGCCUUUCCUGGCAAUUUGACACCCAGCCUGCUGGCUGCGGGGCCGAUGGACAGUGCGCCCACUGUGCAGGAUGUUGUGAUGCUGAGUUUGGAUGGCACAGAUGCCACACAAAGUGCUGGGGGCCAAAUGCUUGCGGUGGGCCACUGGGGCUCCAAGUGCAGUGGUGGGAAGGAGAGUCUCGAUCAGGGCACAAGCAGCUUGAAAGAACCAGAAGCAGCUGGAUUGUUGUCCACCGCUCAGCCCAGGCCUGGCACAGAGAACUCUGAAAAGACCCACACACCGAGCCCAUCUCCAAGUUUGCAGGUUCCAGGGCAGGGGAGAGGCAGUUGGUGGUUGAUCACACCAGACUUCAGCGUGGCUCUGCCACCACUGAAGCCUUCACCCAACCACACCGUCACCAUCAGGACGGACCUCUUAUCGAAUGGACAUCCCCCUGCCCCGCACCCCUUCAAGUUCAGAGACUCGUGGGAUGACUGGACGGUCAAGAUGCCCUGUUCAGAGUGGAACCUGUUUCCUGGAGGAAGUGAGGGAACCGGGCUGCAGAGCCGAUGGAGCCUCAUUCGGCGGUCUUUGGGAACCACGUUCAACAGUGCAGAGGAUGUGCAGAAUGCAAUACUGCAGUAUAAUAAAACUUAUGCCACGAGAUGGGACUUUACCGCUCUGAACUACCUGUGUAAUGAGGUUCUGGAGGAUGUUGAAGUGGGCCUGGUUUUUGGGUCCAUCCUGCCGCGCAUGGUGGAGUUAGCUCUGAAGGCACCUCGUCUGUGUACUAAGCCGAUACCUCUCCUUAAGCAGAGGAUGAAUCACUCCAUCACGAUGUCUCAGGAGCAGAUUGCCUGCCUGCUGGCCAAUGCCUUCUUCUGCACUUUCCCCCAUCGCAACUCCAGGAAGUCAGAGUAUUCAAAUUACCCAGAAAUCAAUUUCAACAGGCUAUUUGAAGGUCCUUCACACAGGAAGACUGAGAAACUGAAAACGCUUUUGUGCUACUUCAGACGGGUCACUGAAAAAACACCCACUGGCCUGGUGACAUUCACAAGACAGUGUUUGAACAGUUUUCCGAAAUGGGAAAGUUCUCAGACUCGGCUGACGCGGCUUCACAUUACCUGUGAAGGGACGAUUGAAGAUCAGGGCUACGGAAUGCUUCAGGUGGACUUCGCCAACAGGAUGGUGGGCGGGGGUGUUCUGGGCCAGGGCCUGGUUCAGGAGGAGAUCCGCUUCCUCAUCAACCCCGAGCUCAUCGUAUCACGUCUGUUCACCGAGGCGCUCCACCACAACGAGUGCCUCAUCGUCACAGGUGCGGAGCAGUACAGUAAAUACACUGGUUAUGCAGAGAGCUAUAAAUGGUUGGACCGCCAUAACGAUGAGACCAGGAGGGACGGGUGGCACAGGAAGUGCACAGAAAUCGUGGCUGUGGACGCGCUCAAGUUCAGCCACUUCAUGGAGCAGUUCCACCCCACAAAGAUGAACAGGGAGCUGAACAAGGUUUACUGUGGCUUCCUGCGCCAAGGGGUGCCCAGAGACAGGCUCAGCGCCGUGGCAACGGGGAACUGGGGCUGCGGCGCGUUUGGUGGAGACACGCGUCUGAAAGCUCUGCUACAGAUCCUGGCGGCCGCAGAAACCGGGCGGGACGUGGUGUACUUCACCUUUGGUGACCGUGAGCUCAUGCAGGACGUGCGAGACUUGCACAAAUUCCUCAAAGACCGAAACCUCAGUGUCGGCUGUGUGUACCAGGCCCUGCUGCAGUACUACCACAGGGUGUGUAAGACCUGUAGCUCUUCGCGGCCGGACGUCAGUCUGUAUGGCUUCAUCUACGAGAUGUUCGAUGAUGACUGCUACGACGCAUCACCGCAGAGAGACCCAGAGUCAGACUGCAGCUCCGGAACUCCUCAGAGAGAACCAGAGUCAGACUGCAGCUCCCAAACACCACAGAGAGAACCAGAUUCAGACUGCAGCUCCCAAACACCACAGAGAGAACCAGAGUCAGACUGCAGCUCCGGAACACCACAGAGAGAACCAGAGUCAGACUGCAGCUCCCAAACACCACAGAGAGAACCAGAGUCAGACUGCAGCUCCCAAACACCGCAGAGAGAACCAGAGUCAGACUGCAGCUCCCAAACACCACAGAGAGAACCAGAGUCAGACUGCAGCUCCCAAACACCACAGAGAGAACCAGAUUCAGACUGCAGCUCCCAAACACCGCAGAGAGAACCAGAGUCAGACUGCAGCUCCCAAACACCGCAGAGAGAACCAGAUUCAGACUGCAGCUCCCAAACACCACAGAGAGAACCAGAGUCAGACUGCAGCUCCCAAACACCGCAGAGAGAUUCAGACUGCAGCCCUGGAUCAACAGAAAGAGGUGGAAAUUCAGACUGGAGUCCUGACACACCGCAGAGAGGUGGGAAUUCAAACUGGAGCCCUGUAUCUCCACAGAGAGAUUCAGACUGCAGCCCUGGGGACUCAGUUGACCCUGAUGUCCCGACGACCUUUCAGUAAAGCCACAUUCCCUACAGAGGAUCACAACCUGUCCUCUGCCUUUCUAACAGGAAGUAGUGGUGUUCAACAGGAAGUCUCAGCCUUUCUAACAGGAAGAAGUGGUGUUCAACAGGAAGUCUCUGCCUUUCUAACAAGAAGGAUUAGUGUUCCAAGGAGAUAAAGGAAAUAAAAAUUAAUUUAGUUAAAUUUGUUAAUUGUUGGCGGCACCCCUGCACCCUCUGUUUUUUCCCAACAUGCAGAUUCAGUUCUCCCUUUAAAGAUGUAUGUUCUGUUUUUUCUCACGCUAACCUUAGCACUGGGCAGAAUGGGUGGCUACUCCUGCUGGUUCAAAUCUGCAUGUGAACCUGUAUGAAUCUGACAGGACCUCAUUAAAAGUCCGGAUUCCUCAA